AUGUCAACUUUUAAGAAGACGAAUAAUGUUGAAAGUCAUGAAGAUUUAGUAGGAGAUACUAAAAUUGAUGAAGAGGAGAAAAUUAUGGAAAGUUUCAUAACCGAAUUUGAAGAGAAAAUGAAAACUCAAAUUAUUAAGGACGAGCAAGAAGCUUAUAAAAUAUAUUGUCAAUAUGCACACUCCAAAGGUUUCAGCGUAAGAAAAGAUAAACAAUACUAUUUUACAUGUGGUUUGGUGGUUAGAGAAAAACGCUUUGUGUGUUACUGGCACGGUGAAAAAGAUGAAAGGCAAAGGAAAUCUAGUAAGACAUCAUGUACUCACAUAGACACGCGUUGUCCUGCAAUGAUAAGUUUUGAGCAACAGCUGCCGAGUAAUCCUUUCAUGAUAGACAGAUUUGUUACUGAGCAUAACCAUGAAAUGGCUUCACCAAAGAAAAGACAUUUGUUAAGAUCUGCUCAUUUGAUACCGAAAACCAAAGGAUUGGUGAUUGAAAAUAUGAUUAACGCUGGUAUAAAACCGAGAACAACUUAUUCUUACUUGACAGAAGAAGCCGGAGGGGAUGAUGUGUUAGGUUAUUCGAAAAAAGAUUGUUUUAAUUUUAUACAUCAGUUGAUGAAAUCAAAGGUGGAAGCCGAAGAUGCACAAAGUGUUGUUAACGAAUUUAAUAAUAGUCAAGUGAAUGAUACACUUUUUUAUUGA